AUGCUGCGCACGGACCAGCUGCGCACAGACCAACGCGCACAGCCUGCCCUUAUCUCCCCAUUCGAACACCCCCAGCUUUUAGGUUUUCUCCUGUCGCUCGACCCCAAGUCGCGACAGAAGCGCGCCACUGAGGUUGAGCAGAUCCUCGACAUCAGCCGGGCCCAUCGGCCCGAGCUAAACAACUUCUUCUCGGCCCGGGGUCGAGGACGUGGUGGGGCACGUGGUGGUGCACCCCCAUCGUACGGAGCUUCGGCCAGCAUCAAUGCGGCCGUCGGAAAAGGAAACUUCCCCGGCAGUUGUUUUGGCUGCAGGAAGCAAGGGUACCGACGUUUCGAGUGCCCCAAUUGUAAGGACAAGCCUUACACAAAACGCGCCGACGCAUGGGCUAUGGUUGCCUCGGGCUCCACCCGGGCUGCGACAAGCACCCCCGUCAUGACGUCACCCUCGGCAAGUAUAAGUGCCACUUCAGUGAAAUCCGAGCAAUCGGAGCUGGCGGACUUAAUGGCACAGGUGAAGUCGAUGCGCGAGGAGCUCGAGCACUAUCGGGCGAUGAAGGAGGAGGGUUUUUAA